GGGCUUAUUAUGCCCAAAAAGUUGCCACAGAAAAAUCUUGUUUCAAAGAAGCUCUCAGUGUUUGCAGAGGAGUCAGAUGAAGAGCCAACUGUUGGGGAAAGUCUUCAAAAAGAAGCAUUGAAAAAGCAAGCUAUGAAACAGACUAAAUUGGAGAUUCAGAAGGCUUUAGAGGAAGAUGCUACAGUAUAUGAAUAUGACAGUAUUUAUGAUGAAAUGCAGCAGAAGAAAAAAGAAAGCAGUGCCAAAUUGUUAGCUGGAAAUGAUGACAAAAAGCCCAGAUACAUCCAUAAUAUCCUCAAAGCAGCUGAGAUUAGAAAGAAGGAACAAGAAAGACGAAUGGAAAGAAAAAUUCAGAAAGAGCGUGAAAUGGAAGGAGGAGAGUUUGCAGAUAAAGAAGCUUUUGUGACUUCAGCCUAUAAGAAGAAGCUGCAAGAAAGAGCUGAGGAGGAAGAGAGAGAAAGAAGAGAAUCGGCUCUCGAGGCAUACCUGGAUGUGACCAAACAGAGGGAUCUCAGUGGAUUCUACAGACACCUUUUAAACCAGCGUGUGGGGGAAGAAGAGAUGCCUAAAUGCAGCUUCCGUGAAGCCAGGAUAAAGGAAGAAAAACCCAACACUCAGGAUGGACCCAAUGAAGGGAACAAAUGCCCAUUGGAAAGACAAAGAGUGAAGACCUUUAAGAAAGAAAAUAAUCCAGAUGCUGAUACUGACCUAGGAACUGAUAGUAGUGAUGAUGACAAGAGACACAAGCAUAGUAAAGUAAAUUUGAAAAAGAAAAAUAGAAGGGAGAACUCUGUGAGCAGUGAAGAGGAGGUUAAACAUCACAAAAGCCAGAGGCAUUCCAGGUCACCAAGCUCAUCCAGUGUGGAGGAAGGGCCACACACCAAAGUUCAAACAGGUCACCAGAGGGGAGAGAGCAGGCCAGGCAGAAGGGGAAAUGAUGAACAGUACAGGGAAAAGGAUUAUGAGAGAAGUAGGACCCAUGAAAUAGAGCACCAGAGGGAAAGGGAAGAGCGACACAGGCACGGGGAUCACAGUAAUAGAGAUCACUACAGGAGGAGGGAAGAUCAAGAUGAUAAACAAAGGGAGAAGGAAAGAAAAGAGAGGGAGGGACAUGGCAGAGAAUGGAGGAGGGCAAAGGAGAGAGAGAAGGGCUCAGAAAAGGAACGAGAAAAAGAAAGAACAAGAAAUGAUAAAGACAGAUAUAAUGACAGAGAGAAGGAGAGAGGAGAGAAAUACAGAGAAAGGGAAGAUCAUGCAAAGGAGAGGAGAGAGAAAUAUGGCAAUGAUGAAAAGAAAUACAGAGAGAGGAGGGAAAGUAUUCCUACAUCUUUAGAAAGAGAUGGAGAUGGUGAUCUGGGAAAAGAGAGAAGGGGAAAAGACAGAGAGGUGGACGAGAAAGGAAGCUCCAGCUCUGAAAUGUCUGAGCAGAAACGUAAAGCUGGAGAAGGAGAGAAAGAUGAGAAAGAGCAAGCACAGAAAGCACCUGAGAACCUGAGCAAAUUUGCCAAAAGGAGCAAUGAGGAGACAGUGAUGUCAGCACGGGACCGGUACCUGGCCCGGCAGAUGGCCCGAGUCAGCACCAAACCUUACAUCGAGAAGGAGGAGGAUUGAUGGCCCUGGGCUGGGCACAAGCACCUGGGCUGGCAGCCAAGAGGAAAGGCCACUGCUCUGCAGGUCAUCCUUCCUAUUUAUUCCUGGCUUUCCUUUGAAAAGUUGUGUGUCCCUUAAGGGAACUUUUGGGAUGGAUCAAUGGGUCUCUUUGACACACACCCUUAGUCUGUCUGUACAGUUGAAAUGUUAACUGUGGCUGACUGUCCUCCCUGCCCUUCAGUACCAUGUCCUUGGUACAUGGACAUUUUGGACAGACCUGGGAGUGUUGAACAAUAUAAGGUGAGAAUGCAUCCCCCUGCUCCUUUCAGCAGCCAAAACUCUGCUGAAACAAAGAUGUUCUCAGCCCUUAGGAUGACUCAUUCCCCAUGGCUGCUCUCAAAAAUGGGAAGCAAACCUGUAAAAGUGGGUGAAAAAGCAAGAAAACCAACCUGAAUAAUGAUCUUGGAGGUUUCUGUAUGUAGAGUGGAGUUUUGUAAGAUAUAUGCAUAUUGAGAUAUGAAUUUUAUAUUAUGUGUGGGUUUUGAUCUGGGGACUUGAUGUACAGAAACAGUCAAUAAAGAUACAUAUUGGAUCAGA